UUUCGCGUUUCCCGUGUGCCCUCAGUGUCUCCAACAUGUGGCCGCGGUGAAAUCGUCCCCACGACGAUUUCAACUCGCGCACUUUGUCUCAUCGCACCCUCCCGGAAAUACAGCGUGCUUCUGCUUACUUGCACAAAUUCUUUGUGGACCGUUGUCUCCGCCCUGAAUUUCAACACAUUCCUGCUCUCACGCGUUGUGGAAAAUAACGCGUCUGCGUUUUCGCGGCAUUCCUUCGAAGUGGAUUUGCACGGUACCGACUCGACCUGGACGGAAGCUAAUAGCCUAGAGAGUUCAAAAUGUUGCAGACCGCAGCGGAAUUUCGAUUGUUCAGACAGUGACACUCCUCAUCCUUGGCAAUGUUGCGUCUACGAAGGGUGGACCUCUAGAUAAGGGAGUGCACUACAGCGCGGCCUUACGGCUGCUUGUGCUUCACCCUAAAGUGUUCCGGAGUUAAGUUCUGCUCGAAGAAAAGCGGUUUCCUCUCAUGUUUCUCAUGGAACAAUCUCCGUGGCUUCACGGAGGUGUUUCCCACCGUCUCACGUUUCUCGCUUCUCAAAGGCGAAAUCCUUCAAGGGCGUUUGCGGUGCACGAUCUCGUUCUAAUUCUUUCUCAUAACAUCGGUAGCUCAUCUUGACUCAUCUUGCUGUCUCUUGCGCUUUUCGUCUGUCUCACAUGCUUUCUUGGAUACCAUCUGCUCACAAAAUUAUGCCACUUCCCCGUCCGAUUGACCUUUAGUUCAGUCCCAGUUUCCAGCGUUCGACGCCAUUGUUCCGUACCAGAUUCACUCCUCCUUUUCGUUUUCUUUCGCCUCUCCGUAGCGCCGCCGUUCCCUUUUCUUUCUGCCAACAGAGUUUUUGAGGCGGUUCUGCUCUCACCCUUCCCGGUCCUGUCUUGCGACACACAGAACCUGAAGCGUGUCGGCAUUUGGUUUCAAAUGGUUGGUUUGGCGUGGAAACAAGCGCGGAAUGUUGGCCGAUUGCAUUCCCGUCUUCCCCAGACGCGCCGACCAAUCACGUCCACAACGCUCGAGCUUGGAAUCCUGCUGCCGCUCUCCAUUUCGCAAGGAACGUCGCGGUCGUCAGGGGUGAGAGACCUCCGUCUGCCAACGUAAAAAUCGGGAAAGGGUGAAACGGAGAACCGGAUUCUGUCGUCAGCGGCUUCCAUCUCAGAUCUACUGCCAGGCGAACCAGAGCCAAGGAGCCGCUCUGCGCCCCCUGUCAAACCAGCCCCGUGGCUGAGGCGGCGAUCCGACAGCCCGCCACGUUGUAUUGCGUUUACUUUCGCUUUUUCCGCGGGUCGCCGGGCUUGUCUGGUCAACCGUCGUUUUCGUUCCUCCCCAGUUGCUGGGCGCACUUUGGUGCCCUUGUUUGUGACCGAAGCACAAGGAUCCUGACAACAUGGCGUUCGACUUGGAUGCGGAGCCUCCGCCAACUAUCGGCCCGGUGGUUCUCCGCAGUGCCGCCAUCGUGCUGGUGAACUCGACUCAGCCCCUUCUAGUGGACCUUCUUCGUUACCAUGGAGGCGCAGAGCCCACCACGCUCUUAUACCUUCUGCCGACGUACUUGGGCAUGGUCUUUGUUGGGCUCGCCUCGAAGACUAAGAAGAGUAUCUGGAACGAGAAGUGGGGAAGAGCGUCCCUCCUCUGCCUCUGCGACAUGCUACAUCAGAUCUCUGAAAAAGCUGGGCUGGUCUUCGCAGGAAGUGCUGCGUACACCAUCACUGCGAGUUGGUCAACUGUGUGGACCGCCCUGUUGUCGCUGCUAAUUCUUCGCAAACAAUUGAGAAAGCACCAGUGGCUGGGCAUUCUCCUCAUCUGCAUUGGCUUCUCAGUGAAAGCCGUGCAGAUCAACUUCACGCGCACGAACUAUGAGGCCAUUGGGAUUCUUCUCACCCUCUUCGCUUCUAUUCUGCACGGCUUGUCUUUCGUCCUGAAUGAGAAGUACAUGACGGGAGAGCAUCAAAUCGACGGCCCAAAUCUUGUCGGCAUGUGCGGGAUGAUAAGCAGCACAGCCAUCACUACAUGGAUUCUCAUCUGGACGGUGCCGCAGUGGGACGUGCGCGUGCGAGGGUCGAUCGCGAGAAGCGGAGGGUCAAUUCCAGUCGUCGUCACCGUCCACGUGGCUCUUUUCCUGCUGUCGGUUCUUCGCUCGGCCACGCUGUGGUACCUCUUGAAACAUGUCGGCGCAGUCUCGUCCGGGAUCCUCAAGGGAGCAAGAACAGCCAUCGUCUUUCUCCUCAGCCACGUCCUCUACUGCCACCUGCAGGAGUCUCAGUGCAUGACAUCGGUCAAAGCUCUGUCUGUGGUACUCUGUGUCUCAGGCGUGCUGGUCUACUCAAUCGGCGACAGGCUUUUCUUGCAGGGCCCUUUUUUACCCUCGAAGCAGCGAAAAGCCUCUGUCUCCUCACCUCAUGCGGCGAGUCCGGGGCCGAUCGCCUGUUCCAGCAAACAACGUGGCCAAAAACGAUACUAGAAGUGAGGAAGAAAUCUUUUCUUCCGCCUGCAAAACCCUCGGGUCCGCGGUGAGGCGUGGAAGGAAUGUUGAGAACAGAAGAGAGCGGGCAUUUUUAGAAGUGCCCCUGAAGAAGAAUCCUGUGGCGGGAUUCCAGCUGAGGGGCCUCGCAGAGAGACCAGAAAAAGACAAAGCCGCCAAGAGAGACGUGAGUGUUUCCUUUCCUGUGUCCGUGGUCUCUGUUUCUCGCUGCGGUGACGGCAGCGCCAGGACUGAUGUUAAUGGUGCGAUGCCGCUCCAAAUAAAGUGCAUUGUUUUCCGCGGUCCAGCGCGUUUCCGUUUUGCUUGAAAUCGAAAAGGCCGAGGGCGGCUGCGGCGGCUGGGAAGGCGAGACGAAACGUCAGCACAUCGCGCUUCAUCUUUUGCCACGAUAAGAAUUGAAGAGACGUGCCCAUGCAUGCUUCUCAAAAGUAGGCGCCAGUGUCGUUUCUUUGUUAGAAAACGAAGGAACCGGUCCUCUGCACCACACGGAGCAUUCCUGUGAUUUCAGUUUCAGGCUAAGCUUGCAAGGUCAGAAAGCGAACUCGGCGUUCGCUGUAGAAGGUGAACAGAUUCAUAUAGGUAUUCUUUUUUCCCUUUUGGAAACCUGUGGACACGGAUCGGAAGCCGCUUUGAGAGCCGCUAGGCGCAAACCCAAGAGAGCAAACUGCAUUCACAAGCACUCAAAGGAAACAGGGUAACAGCGACUGAGGUGGUUCCAUCGGCAUUCUACGGGCCUAAUUACGUUGAUCUGUUUCGGGCGGAGAAGCAAAACGAGCCCCGUUUCGAAACAAGGCCAGUGUGUCUCUUCCAAUUUUCCCCUGGCUCUGUGGGAACGUUCUGUCGCUGCAUGUGGGAGCACGCAGGGCACAGAGCGAAUGGUAUAAGAGAGGGUGUGCGCAGGUAACUGAGGUUGACAGUGUCUGUUUGUCUUGGCUUUGCUAUUGUUCGGGUCUUCCCACUGGAGUCCGGAAGCUGUUUGGUUGACGUUUGUCCGAUUGCCUCACCGGGCGCGACUGUUCUGUAAAGAGCUCUGUGUGCGCAGGCGAGCUCUCGUGACCUAGAUCCGUUCUCUGUCGCAUGCUCCACAAAAGGGAAGUGCAAACGGCGUUUCAACUCAAAAAACAAUUUCUUCAUGGCGACUGCAUGCGUCCUUUAGCGAAAGGAAUUUGAAAACGCUGUUCCCAG